AUGGCUUCCCCGCCCAUUCAUUACCUCUUACCAAUCUUUCCUGGAUUCCAACUUCUCGACCUUGCUGGUCCACUGGAUAUCUUGAACUUGCUGUCGACCCAACUUGAUCCGGACACAUGUCCACUUUCUUUGACUUUCAUCGCUGAGACACUGGACCCGGUACCGGUCAAGCCCAUCCCCACGCAAUCCGCCGACUGGACAUUCGACCUUCCAAACGCGUUCCCGAAAACGAACGGCAGAGUCAACCUCAGCUUCAAUGAGUACCUACAACCCGACACCACAUAUGCAGACUAUCUGGAAGCCCUCAGCUCUGGCAAAUCAGGAGCCCAUGUCGACAUCCUCUUUAUUCCUGGCGGCGUUGGUACGAGACUGAAGCGCGUUCAGCCAGAUGGCAGCAAGACAUCUAACAUCCAGAGCCUACUCGACUUUGUGCCAAAAGUGGUCCCCUAUGUAACCACCGCCAUAUUGACAGUUUGUACCGGAUCCGACGCACUUGCGCAGACUGGUCUGCUCAACGCACGCCGUGCGACUACCAACAUGUCUCGGUGGGCAGAGGUAACAGCACGGAGUCCCACCGUAUCGUGGGUAAAUUAUGCUCGGUGGGUCCGGAGCCUCCCAUCUGAAGCGCAAGGCGACAAGAGUGCCCCCAUCGAGAUUUGGACUUCGGCCGGGAUAAGUGCAGGGAUGGAUCUGACUUUGGCAUUCGUCAUGCAAUACUAUGGUGGCCAAGAUGUGGCAAGAGGCCUGGCCAAGGCUUUGGAGUAUGACUGGCGCGAGAUCGCAGAGGGCGCGAUAGAUCCGUUGUAUGAGAAAUAUUACGCGGUUUGA